GCAAUCAACUUAGAGUACAAUGAAAAGUCGAGGUUACGUUGUGAAGUGGUCUGCGAGGCGGCUGUGUGAACGUGGCUUGAGAACCAGUGUCUAUACCCACCAAGCUAACGACGGUGUAGAUAGAGGUAGUAUUUCCACCCGUCAAGCUAUCCCAGGUCAAAGAACCAGGUCAACGCAUGCUGCAUCGACAUCUGUUUUGGAAAACCUGGUACCUUCAGUGAAGUCCUGGGAUGAGGUACCCGGUCCGAAACCUCUACCUCUGCUCGGAAACACAUGGCGAUUUAUACCUUAUAUUGGAGGCUAUUCAGUGGAGCACGUGGACAAAGUUUGCUUGUCGCUGCGUGAAAAGUAUGGCAAGUGUGUCAAAAUGGCCGGUCUACUGGGUAGGCCGGACAUGCUUUUCGUUUUCGAUGCCAGUGAGGUGGAGAGAGUCUUUCGGGGAGAAGAUGCUGCUCCACACAGGCCAUCGAUGCCAUCGUUAAUGUAUUACAAGCACACUUUGAGGAAAGAUUUCUUUGGCGCUGAGAAGGACUGUGGUGGAGUCAUCGCUGUACAUGGUGACUCGUGGUCAGCCUUCAGGACAAAGGUUUCCCGUGUAGCUCUAAGCACUGGUGCCGCUGCGCAGUACACGAACCAAGUUGGUGAAGUUGCUGAUGCUUUUGUGAAUAGAACACGUGAAACCAGAAACAAGGAUUUAGAAACACCACACGACUUUUUAAACGAAGUUCACAAAUGGUCUUUAGAGUCUCUUGGACUGAUAGCUUUGGAUACGCGACUUGGCUGUUUUGAGUCCCAAGAAGGGUCGGAAAGCCAGCGUCUGAUCGACGCUGUGAACACGUUCUUCCUUUGCGUCGGAGAGUUAGAGCUCAGAGCGCCGUGGUGGAGAAUCUAUCCCACAACCAUGUUUAAGAGAUAUGUAGCUGCUCUUGAUACUAUCCUCAGUGUAACUCUGACACAUGUAGAUAGAGCACUGAAGGAAUGCGAAGUAAACGGAAGCAAAUCUUUGCUGCAAGAUCUGGUAACUGCAGCAGGCCCCAGAGUUGCAGCAGUUGCGGCUCUCGACAUGUUCCUUGUAGGAAUUGAUACGACCUCAAAUGCUGUAGCAUCAACUUUAUACCAGCUGUCCUUACGACCAGAUGUGCAAGAGAAGUUGCACACAGAGAUAACAAAUGUCUUAAAAGAUCGCCCUUUGAAGGCCGGAGAUGUGAAUCAAAUGCCAUAUUUAAAAGCAUGCAUCAAAGAAGUUUUAAGAAUGUAUCCAGUUGUUAUUGGUAAUGGACGGCAGUUGAAAAAAGACACAGUUAUUUGCGAUUACAACAUUCCCAAAGGAACCCAAGUGAUAUUCCAACAUUAUGUAAUGGGAAAUAGUGAAGAGUACUUCACAAAUGCAUCAGAGUUUCGUCCGGAGCGUUGGAUCCAACGGUCCAACUAUCAGCACCACCCCUUCGCUUCGUUGCCGUUCGGAUUCGGCAAGCGGAUGUGUCUCGGCAGAAGAUUCGCCGAAUUGGAAAUGCAUGUCAUAAUUUGUAAGAUGGUGCAAGCUUUCAAAAUGGAGUAUCACCACGACCCACUGGACUACCACGUUCAUCCGAUGUACACACCUAACGGACCUAUACGUUUAAAAUUAAUUGAGCGUUAAAAUGUCACACACUUAAGAUUACUUUAGUACCUUCUUACCGUAAAAUUAUAAACUUAAAAUACGUUUUAGUAUGUAAUUAGUCAAAAUAGCA